UUCGUCGGCCGGACGCCGGAAGCGGCUCGUUGCUCCGUAGCGGCCGAAGGGGCGGGCUCCAGGGCUGGGGGAGUCUCAGCUGCUCGCGGUUCGCUCGGCGGCGCAAGAUGGCGGACAUCUCCCUGGACGAGCUCAUCCGGAAGCGCGGGGCUGCGACGAAGGGGCGUCUCAAUGCCAGACCAGGAGUCGGAGGUGUUCGAUCUCGUGUUGGGAUCCAGCAGGGCCUUCUUGGCCAGCCAGCACGCACAGCCACCUUCCAGCAGAGGUUUGAUGCCCGGCAGAAGAUUGGCCUCUCAGACGCCCGGCUCAAGCUGGGAGUCCAGGAUGCCCGGGAAAAGCUUUUGCAGAAAGAUGCUCGGUUCCGGAUCAAAGGGAAAGUGCAAGACGCCCGAGAGAUGCUAAACUCCCGCAAGCAACAGGUCACGGUGCCCCAGAAGCCCCGGCAGGUGGCCGAUGCCCGGGAGAAGAUCAGCUUGAAGCGGAGUUCCCCAGCCACCUUCCUGAGCCCACCCAUCGGGACAGUGACCCCUGCCCUGAAGCUCACCAAAACCAUCCAGGUUCCACAGCAGAAAGCCAUGGCACCACUCCACACCCAUCCUGCUGGAAUGAGGAUCAAUGUGGUCAAUAACCACCCAGCCAAACAGAAUUUAUAUGAUUUGGAGGAAGAUGAUGACUCUGUAGCUCCCAUUCCUAGUAAACAGAUGAAAUUUGCAGCCUCAAGCAGCUUUCUCCACCACGUGGCCGGGCUGAGCAGUUCCAAGUUCUCCAUGUCCAAGGCCCUCCCUCUCACCAAAGUGGUUCAGAAUGAUGCUUACACAGCUCCUGCCCUCCCCUCCUCUGUUCGGACAAAAGCCUUGACCAGCAUGUCUCGGACACUAGUGAACAAGGAGGAGUCCCCCAAAGAGCUGCCGCCUGCUGAGCCUGUCCUCAGCCCCUUGGAAGGCACCAAGAUGACUGUAAACAAUCUGCACCCUCGAGUCACCGAAGAAGACAUUGUGGAGCUUUUCUGUGUGUGUGGAGCCCUCAAAAGGGCUCGGCUGGUCCAUCCUGGGGUAGCAGAGGUGGUCUUUGUGAAGAAGGAUGAUGCCAUUACUGCAUAUAAGAAGUAUAACAACAGGUGUUUGGAUGGGCAACCAAUGAAAUGCAACCUUCACAUGAAUGGCAACGUUAUCACCUCAGACCAGCCCAUCCUGCUACGGCUGAGUGACAGCCCCUCAGUGAAAAAGGAGAGCGAGCUGCCUCGCAGGGUGAACUCCACUGCCUCCUCUAACCCUCCUGCCGAAGUGGACCCCGACACCAUUCUGAAAGCGCUCUUCAAGUCUUCGGGGGCCUCUGUGACUACGCAGCCCACAGAAUUCAAAAUCAAACUUUGAGCAGGGGAGUGAGGCAGCCAGAAGCGGGGGCAGAGGAGGGUGGCUCUGUUUCCUAAAGCAAAGCUUGUGACCAAUGGGCCGUCGGACUGGAAGGCCCUGAGCGUGGGAAGGGCCGCCAGGGGUAGAGAGCUUCCUCACUGGACGGGACCCACCUCUCUGUUUUGUGUCCUACCCUGUGCUCUUCUGUACGUUAACAUUUCCUGUAGUCUGUGUCUUCUCCCUCCACCUCCUCACCAAGGUAGGCUCGUGUUGCCCAGAGCAUCCCUCCCCCCUAAUCUCAGUCCCAAGCAGAUUUCUUGUCUGAAAAUGGUACCCUCAGUUCUCUGGCUGGCUUUUUGGGGGCCCCAUGGAAUGCAGGGCUGAGGCCUCUGUGAAGGACACUUUUCUCUGGGAGGUGAAGAGCUGCCUCCCCUUUCUCUUUUUUUAAACUUUUAAACGAAGUAGGGAAUGGGAGCCCCUGCCCUCCUAGGGGAAGCCAGGUCAGUGUGAGAGCUGUGCCGCUCACCUACCUGGUCAUUGCAGGUGGCCUGGGUGGGGAUCAGGCCACAGCCCUCUUGUCCUCUCGCCACAACUGGCUCUAGACAGUGUGGUCUGGGCACACAUGGCAAGGGCAGCGUGGGGCUGCCGCUCUGCUGGGAAGAGCAUCCCUGGCUGCCAGGUUAUCUGAGAAGGCCUGGGCCAUCUCUGGUGUCUCAGUCAGCUCUCACAUUCACGUUUCCCUCUCCCUGGGUUCUGCUGUGUGCCCUAGCCCAGCUCUCAACCUCUGGGUCUCAGUACCAGGAGGGGCGUGCACCAUCAGCCCCCCAGUUCUCACCUGGCAUGGCGCUCCUCAAAUGCCAACUCUCCGCUAGUUGAUUUUUUUUUUUUUUUUUUAAACUCUGCCUAUUCUGUGACUCUGAGGGCCUGUGGGAUUAUUUGAAUGGGAGAUGUUGACUUCCUCCCUCUUUGUUUCUGGCCUCGUGCCUAUAGGACAAUAGGAAUGCUGAGAGAGGCACAGAUCCAACUGCCACCAAGGGGUGCUGUUCCCAGUGUUGUGACUGACACAUCCAUCCUUGACCAGAGGGGUCUUGCCCUGCCUUGGGAGCAAAGUGCGCAGGGAGUGCUGGGUGGUAGGGAGGGAGUGGAGAGAGCAGAGCCGACCUCCCAGGUGAGCUGCUAGGCUCUCCCCUCAUAAUGGUUCCAGGUGUUUGGGCAGAACUGUAGCCACCACGGGUGGCCCCUGCAUACCAGACUGCUUGGCUCCACUGCCCUCAGGCUCCUGCCACGUUGUUGGGACUGCGGAAGGAAUCCAGGCUGGCAGAGCCGGAGUGAGUUGGGCAGCAGGCUCGGGGAUCUCUACCGAAGCAGCAGCAAGCACUGUGAAAGGCAGAAGUCUAGGAAAUAGAGGGGACCUGAGACACAGCCUUUUAUGGCCUGCUUGAGGCCAGUCCAGGGAAGACACAUCUGGAAACUCAUGUUUCAGAGUUCUGUUUAAGCAGGAAAGACCCAGGCUUUGAACACCGCCCAGUCCUCAAGGUCUGCGGUUGCUCAGGCUUUGGAAAGUUGCUCAGUCCAUGGAAAGUACCUGAUGGUGCUCCACCUUCUGGUUCUUUAAAGAAUGCUGCUUUUGUUCCCUUGUUCCCUUUCCCCCUUUGGGUGCAAACUUACUUCUCAGCAGCCGGAAAACAUUCCUCCUACACCUUCCCCUUCUUCUUCCACAAGAACACCCACAAGGCAGUAGGACCUGGUUUUUCAGGUACUAGGGACAGUUGGAUCACUGCUUGGACUCUGCUUCAAGUAGGGAUGGUGAAUAUCCUCCUGCCUGCAUGGCUUUACCCUCCCCUCUCCCCCACCUGUCCCGCCCCGUCCCCCAGCCCUGUGCCAGGCUGCUCUGGCUAUCACAGAGUUCACUGAGCCCAGCUGCAACCCUCUGGCCAUCCAGACCCUGUCCUCUGCAUAGCCAUAUGGUACAUUGCAGGGUGGAGCCUGUUUGCCUGCCCUGCUCUACAGGGUGUCAUCAUGGAAAAUGGAAGAGAAGGUGGUGGGCCAAUCCUCGUGUCCCUCUUCACCUCCCACCCCUCCAGGUUCCUCGUGUGUAUCUCUUGUUCAAAAGGAGAGGAAGAGACAUGAAGGGAUGGAGGAGACUAUAUGUUACUUACCCAUUUCUGAAUAAAUAUUUGUUAUUCCUACCUUUGAGCUGCUCUUUCUUAAAGGAUUCUGAGUAGCUUUAUGGGACUCGGCACUAGAAAACAGGAAUUUGCCUCUGCUUUACUGCUUACCAGCUAUGACCCUGAGGCAUUUGCUCACAGGGCUUGCUGAACCCCGGUCCCCACAGCUGAGGAUGUGAGCAUUGAUGUCUGUGAAGUACCUGGCACAGUAACUUAGUACGUUCUGGGCCUCAGUAGCCUCACUGGGUAUUAAGUAUGGUCCGCUCCAGCAUAGAAUUAGGUCUGUUCGUGAGGAACAGGAGAGCCUGAAUGUUGCCCUGGUUUGAAGAAGUCCGAUUCAUGGGUGAAACUUAUCUUAGAUCAAUUAUGCAUUAGAAAAAUUAAUUUGUUGAUGGUUUUUGUGUAUGUGGUAAAAUACACAUAAAAUUUACCAUCUUAACUA